AUGAUUUCCUUCGGCGGAAACAGCCACGCCAUUGGAGAUUGGCCUGCGAGAAAGAAGGCGGCCAUUGCAUCGUCGGUGUUAUUCUUUGAGUUCUUCACAACGGUCAUUGCUACCACUGGUCCGGCAGCAGCUCAUUACGCUCAACUUGAAGGUUUAUUCACCGAGUAUAGCAGCAACGUCCUGCUUGUCUGCUUCGCAUUCGCGUAUCCCCUGGGUCAAGCGAUCGGAUGCCUGGUCAUUCCGCCAUUUUCUGAAGCAUAUGGCCGGCGGUUAUACUAUACCUCAUCAUGCGGUCUUCUCAGCUUGAUGUACGUGAUCAGUGGCGUCACAUCAUCACUGGGCGGAGUCUUCGUCGGCCGCAUCGUCAGUGGGUUUGCAUCGGCUGUUCCGUCCGUCGUUGUCGCUGGCUCGAUCGCAGAUCUGUACAAUGAGCGUGAGCGUAUCUGGCUCGUCUGGCUCUGGAAUUGCUUCACCAUCGUGAGUCAAGUAUUGGGCCCGGUGUAUGGCGCGUGGGUAGGCCAGUCGCUUGGCUGGCGAUGGAUCUAUUUCCUCCCUGCUAUCCUUGCGGGUGUGAUGGUGCCUCUAUUCUGCAUCAUGCCAGAAACACGGUCUUCGACAGCGGCAUCAGGAUCAGCAUCGGAGGAGCUGGCAGACAACGACUCCUCGCUCCAGCGUAUAGACAUGGAACAAAAUUUUCAGCAAGUUCACCCUGAAAAUAAUGAUCACAGCUGGAGGGCCAUCGUUGGCCGGCCCUGUCGACUGCUUUUUGGCGAGCCUCUCGUGUUCACCUCCACGAUCCUCUGCUCCUAUUCCAUGGGCCUCAUUUACAUGUUCACGGAAUCUGUGGCCAUUGUAUACACCGCGCCCGGCUUCGACUUCACCUACCCUCAAUCAUCCCUCGCUUUCCUCGCGAUGGCCAUCGGGGUCGUGUUCAGCGCUGUGCCCCGGUGGGUCGAUGUCAAGCGAUAUGCAGCAGAAGGGGAUACGGCGACUCCCGAGCUGAAACUCAACGGAUUCUUGAUGGGAUCGCCCGCACUAGCGAUCGGCCUUUGGAUAUUCGCCUGGACGAUUCCGCCCCAUGUGUACACGCAUUGGAUUGUCAGCAUGAUCGGUCUUUUCUUGAUGGGGUUUGCUGCCACAGAGAUCUCCUACACGCUCCAGGGUUAUCUGACGGAUGCCUACACUGUUCAUGCGAGCUCGGCGUUAAGCGGGUUGGCUAGCGUACGUGCAAUUGUUGCGUCUGUGGCACCUCUGAUCGCCCAACAGAUGUACCGCAACUUGGACAACAACAGUGCGACAACGAUCCUUGCAGGCCUCGCUACAUUAUUCCUCGGGGCCCCGAUCCUUUUCGUGCGCUUUGGCCCCCGCAUGCGUCGCAGGAGCCGAUAUGGCCAAGUCUUCAAACAAGAGCGGAUUCUCAGCGAACAAGCCUGA